AGUGUCUCUCUUCAAUCUCUCUCUCUUUCUAGCAUUCUGCCUCUCUCUCCCUCUCUCUCUUCCCAUGGGAUCGAUGUUGCAGAUUUAAUUGACCAAAUUACCCCUUCCUCAUUCCCAUGGGAAGCUGCGUAUGCACACCUGCGAAAGCAGGUUUCCACCACAGACGAAGAGACAUCAUCAAACCUUUACCUCAAAGCAGUGUACACGAUUCGUCACCGCGCAGGUCGUUCGUUGCUCCAGUUGCCCACCACAGCACUAUUAUAUGGGUGCUGGACAAGACUGCCGGUAAUGACAUCUUCGGCAAGUACCAGUUUGGCAAUGAAUUAGGGCGAGGGGAGUUUGGAAUCACCUACAGAUGCGUCCACAGGGAGACGGGGGAGGCUUUUGCGUGCAAGACCAUAUCGAAGAGCAAGCUGAAGACGGAGAUUGAUGUCGAGGAUGUGAGGAGGGAGGCUGAGAUCAUGCGCCGUUUGCCUAAGCAUCCGAAUAUUGUCUGCUUCAAGGAGGCUUAUGAGGAUAGGGAGGCAGUUUAUCUUGUCAUGGAGCUUUGCGAAGGCGGCGAGCUCUUUGAUAGGAUUGUGGCAAAAGGGCAUUACACGGAGCGCGCUGCCGCCACUGUUACCAGGACAAUACUUGAGAUUUGCCAGGUAUGCCACAAGCAUGGAGUGAUACAUAGGGACCUGAAACCAGAGAAUUUCCUUUUUGCAGAUAGUAGUGAAAAUGCAGAAUUGAAGGCAAUUGAUUUUGGCCUCUCUAUAUUUUUCGAACCAGGUCAGAGAUUCAACGAAAUUGUUGGAAGUCCAUAUUACAUGGCUCCGGAGGUGCUACGGCGUAAUUAUGGGCCAGAAGUUGAUGUUUGGAGCGCAGGGGUUAUCCUAUACAUCCUACUUUGUGGAGUGCCUCCAUUUUGGGCAGAAACUGAGGAAGGAAUUGCACAGGCUAUUGUUCGGGGUACAAUAGAUUUUGAGAGGGAGACAUGGAAAAACGUUUCGGAGGAAGCAAAAGAACUAGUGAGGAGCAUGCUUGAUCCAAAUCCUUGCAACAGGCUCAAAGUUGAAGAAGUCCUAGAUCAUCCGUGGAUACGAAACGCGAAUCAAGUUCCUAAUGUUCCUCUGGGAGAAAAUGUCACAUUAAGGAUCAAGCAGUUCUCGUUAAUGAAUAAGUUCAAGAAGAAAGUUCUUAGAGUGGUGGCGGAUAACUUGCCAGAGGAUCAAAUAGAUGGAAUCAGACAGAUAUUCGAAAUGAUGGACAUUGACAACAAUGGAACCUUGACUUUUGAAGAACUUCGAGAUGGUCUUGUGAAGAUCGGACACAAUGUCGCUGAUCCUGAUGUGCAGAUGUUGUUGGAUGCUGCGGAUGCUGAUGGAAAUGGCACACUGAGCUGCGAUGAAUUCGUUAUGGUGUCUGUUCACUUAAAAAAGAUAGACAGCGAUGAAUUUCUCCAUCAAGCUUUUGGCUAUUUCGACAAGAAUAACAGCGGAUAUAUUGAGUUCGAUGAGUUGAGAGAAGCAUUGCUGGAUGACAAACUUGGUCCAGAUAACGAGCAGGUUAUCCAAGACAUCAUAUUCGAUGUUGACUUGGACAAGGAUGGGCGAAUAGGUUUUGAAGAGUUUAAAGCAAUGAUGAAAACUGGCAUGGACUGGAAAAUGGCUUCUCGUCAAUAUUCAAGAGCAUUGCUAAAUGUGCUUAGCCGUAAGUUGCUGAAAGACGAAUCGUUACAAGCGAACUAACGAGGAAUCAGAGCUGCUUUUGAAUCAUGCAUCUUCGUCCUCCCAAAAAUUUAUGACUGAACAAAAUUGAUUGUCGACUAUUAGUGUUUUGAAAAACUUGAUCAUUGUUUAACUUGUGUACAGUGAAAUCCUUUCAUACAAAGGAAGUGGCAGAUGACUUUUGGGAAUGUAGGUAUUAGUGAAAUAAUGAGCUUUUGUAGUCUAAAUGCCGAGCUUAAUUUUCUCCGUUGUUCCAAACAUAUAU